UUUAAAACCGUAACUCACUAUUCAUGACAAUACCUGAAUUUGUUUUUCGGCAUCAAUUUCUACCAAAAUAUUUUUUUCAGCAACAUGUCUAUGACAACGAAACAUCGUGAGAUUCUUCUUCAGGUUACUCCUGAUCUUCUGAACGAUUUGGAUGCAGAUGAUAUAGUGCCACACCUUCUAGCAGAUAUGAUAAUCACUUCACAUGAUGCUGCAAAAGUCAAAGCUGAAACAACCAGAAGAGAUAAAGUAUCAGCCCUUCUGGAUAUCAUACCGACGAGAGGGGAUAAAGCCUAUGGAUCAUUUAUGGAGUGCCUUAAGAAGAUGGAGGGUUCGACUCAUCUAUAUUUUACAAUGAAGAAAUACGAAGACACUUACCAAGAGCAAUCUUGUCCUAUACAUGAAGAAUAUACGCCGCCUAAUCAAGGGAGUGGACAUAGCCCUACUGUUACUCAACAUACUCAAAGGGAUGUCAAUCUGACGAUUAAUGCAUCUGGACAUUCAGUUGUAAAGAAUAAUUCCCUAACUGGGCAAAGUAACAUGUUUUUUAAUAAAUAAACGCUCUAUCAUAGUAAAUGUAUUUUUUUAUCAUACGUAACCUACUAUAUUUUGAUCAUGUACUUGGCCUAUAAUGAUUAUGACUGUUC